AUGGCGGAGGCCCGCGGUCUGGCGAGUGCAAAGCGUUUUUGGAAGGCGGUGAGCAAGGGCUACCCCAUCAUCCAGCGCAUCCCAGAGCAAACAUCGCAGGAGCGUACCGCCUACUCCUCGGACUUUUUGUACACGCUUACCACAGAUCGUCUUCGGAUGGAUGCUUUCCGGCGGGCGGUUGCCCGCUUUAGGGCACACCGGGUUCUGGAGAUCGGUUGUGGACCUUGGACACCAUUGGUAGAUCUUUGCUUGCAAAGCGGUGCGUCCAAGGUGGUGGCCGUGGAGGCCUGCGCAACGCAUGCGGAGCUGGCUCGCCGACGCCUGAAGGACGCGGAGGCCGUGCAGGUCAUCAAUGGCCGCGCUGCAGACCUUCCGAGUGAGGUCCUGCUGGCGGGAUUGGGAGGCCCUCCGCAGCUCAUCGUUUCGGAGCUCUUGGGCUACACGGCCAGCGAGGAAGGAGCGCCGGCCAUCCUCCUGGAUCUGCAGAGGCGCUUGGGACCCACUCAGGUGGUUCCGAGGGCGGCCUCCAGCUGGAUGCUGCCUGUGCGGCCGCUCGAGCUGUCCAGCUGGCAUUGCCUGAAAAACUGGCUACUGCACGGAGGCUGGCCUUCCAGGCUCCAGCCCGGGCUCUACGACUGCCGCAACUUCCCUGAGAGCUUGGAGCUGGCAGCCCCGCAAAAGUGGGAAGAGUUCGACUUCACCUGUGCCGAGACGCUGGAGGCUCAGCUCCAGCAGGAGUGCCACCUUUCCUUCACACUGCCAGCCGGCACGGAGGUGGGGGGGGUCCUGCUGUUCAUGCGCGCUGAUCUUUGCCCUGGUGUGGACUUGGACACCCGACGAGACGAAACCUCCUGGAACCAUUACUUGCUGCAGCUGCCUCCACAGCGAGUCGGAGAAAGUGGCACGCUAGUGGUCUCGGUGGCAGUGGAUGCUCGAAGCGAGGACGUACGCUACCGGUUUGAGGUCCCGGUCUUCGACCCAGACCCGGCCGUGCCUGGGUUAGCAAAUAAAAAUAUGCGCAUGUCGAACCUUGAAUGA